AUGGUGCUUCAAGCUUUAAAGUAUGAAGAGUAUGCCCCAGGCAUACUCAUUGAUAGGGGAUUUCAAGAUACUGAAUCUAAUAAUGAACUGCGUAUUCAGAAGACUUGGUCUGACAUGCCUUUACACCUUGCGCUGAAGUUUGGUGUAGAGCAACCUGCAAUCAAAGAUGAAUUGGAGGGCAUUGAUUCUGAAAAACUAAGUUGUAUGGAAUACAAACUCAAUAAAUUAGACGCUGACAGAAAAAUGGUUACCAAAACAUUCGUAGACAUAUAUCGGGACCUGACAUUGGAAAAGAAGUUUUCUGCACUCACAGAAAUCGUCAACAGCAUCUUAAAUCUUGAUGAUCAACGCGAAUUCCUGAGAGAAGACGAAGCCAAAAAUAGAAUAUUCCGCCGCGAGUUGAACAAGCAAUUGAGACAACAAAGAAAUCAUAUCAAAACAGUUAUUUACGAUUCUGACGUGACCAUUGAUGACCUGAAAAGUCAAGUGGAGGAUGCCCAGUUAAACUCGGAAUGCCGCAGUCGUUACGUGGAAAACUGGCAGCGUGCGCGUACGGAACAGCACAUUCAAACCAUAAGAGAUCUUGAGAAGCAACCUUCCGAGUCUAUUGAGUAUUACAAGCAGAGGGCAGAUCACGAACACCGAGUCCAUUCAGAAAUUGAAAUGCUUACAAACACCAUUAUUAACGAAACUUUGCAAAAAGUAGAAGACUGGAUGAAUAAAUAUGAUAAGGAUAUGGAAAAUAUCGACCUAAAGAUACAAAUAAAAAAGAACCAAUAUCAAGACACGUUUGACAAGAGGGUGAAUCUCGAAAAAACGGUAGAUACCAUUUGA